AUGCCGCCCACCAACGACGCUCGCGCAAACGAUAUCAACGACGACGACUACGUGCCGGCGCCCCACGCCGGCUUCCACGAAGAUGAGCGACUGUGCAAGGAGAUGGUGGCCCGCGUCGCCUCGCCGUUUCCGCUCGAAAUCCGCCCUUCCUCCCUCUGCGUCGGCUCGGGACUGUUCGCCGCCGCCGGGAUCGACGCCGGUCGCGAGAUUUACCACGCCGUCCCCGACCUCGCCGCCGUCGACCCCGGCAACGAGUCUUUCUGUGAUUGGUGUUUCGAGGACACAAAGCUUGGUGUCAGCAACGCGUCGAGUCCCAAGGCGGGAGAAAACGUCAAACUCUGCUCGGCAUGCAAAGCCGCGAGGUUCUGCUCAAAGGGCCGCGAGCUCCGGGUCCGCUCGCUGAAGAAGAUCGCUCCAGGGGAGGAGAUUACCAUCUGCUACAUCGAUCCGACCUUUGACGUGGCCGCGCGCCAGGAAGUCCUCAAGCGCGAGUACUUCUUCGACUGUUCCUGCGCCCGCUGCACAUCCGAGCUGGCUGAACAGCGCGCCUUGCUCGGCGGCAGCCGAGAUCUCGGCCCCCUCCACCAAGCCCAGCGCCAAAUCCGCGACCUCCUCCGCUCCGCAGUCCGCGCCUCCAAACAUCCCGGCAUCUACCCGGACCUGGACGACCUCCCAACCGUCGAGACCAGGCUGCGGACCAUCACGGCCACCGCAUCGCCGUGGCCCGACCACUUAGAGCCGCUGCCUGCGGCCCGCCUCUCGCUCGCCCUGCUGUAUCUCGACCAAGGCAAGCCCAUCCCUGCGCUGCGCUGCGCCCUCAAGGGCAAGUUCCUCAGCAGCCGCAGCCGGGGCGGGCCCGAGUGGGUCAACGAAAUGAUGGACGUCGUCAAGGUGCUCGUCGUCACGGGCUGCUUGCGUCCCGACGAGGCGGCGUUUGAGGACAAGACGUUUCCGGAGCUGGACGACAUCCGCGCGGUUACCUAUGGGUAUGUGUAUGAGCUCUGCCGUGAGGCGAGCAGGGCUUUUGGCGGGGAUGUCAACUACACCAAGGGGAUUUGCGGUAUGUGCACAGCCCUGAUGGCGAAAAAGGCUGGGCCGCGGCCGGGAACCAAGGAGUUCAGGGAAGAAUUCGACGCUGCGCAGGAAAAAUUGCUGACGUGGGCGGGGAUUGAGGUCGCUAAAGGGGUUGUCCUUUCUUAA